AUGAGAGAGAAAGAGGGGACAGAACACGGCGUGUUAAAGGACUCAUAUUUAUGUUUCCACAUGAAGAUGCUCACAAAACAAAUGACAUUCUUCAUAAUUAGCUGAUAAUUAUGAGAGAUCCUUUUUUCAUCACUGGUGAAGAUACGCUUUGGUUGCCAAGAAAAAUCCAGCCUGUUGAAAGUGCACAUCUUGUUUAAUAUAAGCACAAUCAGCAUUUUCCACAAAUUACUUCUAAACCAAACUAAAUUUUUGUGAAAGAAAAGAAAAAAGAAAAACAUAAAAACAAACAAACAAUGGAUGAUUCCAACAUCAGUCACACAGCAAUAGGUUGGACAGAUGGACAGGGCAUUGUCUCUUCAAGUGAGCUCCACCACUACAUGGAAAACUAUGAUACAGACUAUGGCAUCCCUCCGGAUGAGAUCCCUGACACGACGCAGGGCCAGGCCUUCUUUGUGGCCACCAUCGUCAUCUGCAUUGUUCUCGUCUGUAUCAUGCUGGUCUGCGGUUUGGGAAACUUCUUGUUCAUUGCCACGUUGGCGCGAUACAAAAAGCUCCGCAACCUCACCAACCUGCUCAUAGCCAACCUGGCUAUCUCAGACUUCAUUGUGGCAGUAGUGUGCUGCCCGUUCCUGGUGGAUUACUAUGUGGUGAAAAAGCUCUCCUGGGAUCACGGACUGGUAAUGUGCGCCUCUGUCAACUAUCUCCGGACCGUGUCACUCUAUGUGUCUACAAAUGCUUUGCUUGCCAUUGCUGUUGACAGGUACAUGGCCAUCGUCCACCCUCUGAGGCCUCGUAUGAAGUAUCAGACAGCCUACUGGGUGACAACAGGCGUGUGGAUCGUCCCCAUUCUCAUUUCCAUUCCCUCUGCAUACUUUGCUUCUGAGACCAUGUACCCUCAUGGUGACACCACCCCAACUACUCACAAAGUAUUUUGUGCCCAGAUCUGGCCAGUGGAUCAGCAAGCCUAUUACCGCUCCUAUUUCUUGUUUGUUUUUGCUGUAGAAUUUGUUGGGCCUGUCAUUAUGAUGGCAAUGUGCUAUGCUCGAAUUUCUCGCGAGCUCUGGUUUAAGAAUGUCCCUGGGUUCCAAACGGAGCAGAUCAAGAAGCGGCUGCGUUGUCGUCGGAAGACGGUGAUGGUCCUGAUUGGAAUCUUGACAGCGUACAUCCUCUGCUGGCUGCCAUAUUAUGGCUUCACCAUCUUGCGAGACUUCUACCCAACACUCAUUUCCCGCCACAGGAACUCACUGGUGGCCUUCUACAUCAUUGAGUGCAUCGCCAUGAGCAACAGCAUGAUCAAUACAUUUUGCUUUGUCAGUGUCAAAAACAACACUGUUAAGUACCUGAAGAAGAUUGUCUUGCUGCGAUGGAGUUCCAGUUAUGUUCCCAGUAAGACUGUGGAUGAGAUGGAUGUCAGGACUUGUUCCAUUCCUGUGACAGAGGAGAUUGAAUGCAUUCACCUUAGGUGAUCUCUGAAUCACUCAAAACUGGUUGAUGUGUUGAUUAUGUAGAAAUGACAUUUGAAACCGUAUUUUGGCAAGAACGAUCAGUUUUGUGAAGCACAAGGACACGUUAAACACCAUACACUCAGAAAUUGUACAA